AUGUCGCAGAAUACUGGACUACUACAGGUCUUCUCUCGCUCGGGGACUUCAUCGUCCUCCCAGCGUAGCGGUCAAGGGCCAGAAUCUUUUGGCAUUCAGAUGGAGUUGCUUGUCCCAACCCGUGGUUUUCGCAUUGUGGACGACCAGGACCGAGAGCUCAAGACAAUCGUGGAGCAGAUUGAAUAUCAACACGGUGUCAGGAUUCGCCUCAGCGGACAGGAAGAUCCCAUCCUGAUCUCCGCUGCUUCUCCCAAGGAGGCUAGGGAGGCCAUGAGCUCCAUCUUGAAGAGCUUGGUACUCCGUGAGGGUCAUGCGACAGUCUGGCAAGAUUCAAUCCUCAUCGCUCCACCCAGAGGCGACCGGCGCGCCGUACGGAUUCUUCUCCAGGAGGGCCCUGGAACCACAUGGUUCAGACCAGCCGCGGCGCCCACUGGCUCUGGCGAAGUGGCUGAUGCUUUGGCAGUCAAAGCUUACAAGCGCAACCUCACUGCUGCAAUGGUCCGCGUGGGUGACGGCCUGAGGUAUUCUCCCAACAGAAUGCGUAUGCGCAUCGGCUUCGGCAAACUCUUCUUCAAAGAACGCAAGAAGGGUACUACGAGCUAUACGCUCGAUGAGUUCUCGAAACUGGCUCGCAGGGUGAACAACAGAGGAACGUCCUACAUGGAGAUGAGACUGGGUGGUGAAUCAAUGCGCGAGCAGAUCCAACAAGCUUUCUCCCUCGAUGCUGAUUUUGGAGACCCCCAAGGCAAAGAGGACUCUGUAAUUGUAACAGUAAAGAAUGUCAACCUCGAAGUGAGCGUCGAUGGGACCCAAGAUGGUCGUUUAACUUUGGGCGCAUUGAACGUUUUCCAUCGAGAAAAGAGCCACCGAAGCGUCGAUCUCGCCACGGCAUGUCCAGAUAAGAAACAUGAUUGGGUCUUGAAAGUCGAGUCUCCCAUCGAUGAGACCGACAGUAAGCUUCCACUCGACCAGCGUACACUCAACAACGGUAUCAAGAUUCGCCGCAACCCCAACACCAACUGUAUCGAGCCCCACAUUGCAGCGUCCUUUGCCCAGACAAACCAUAUCGAGGCUCUCAUUGGUAAAACGACCUGGUCCUAUUUUCUCAACAAGGAAUACAUCGUAGAGAUUUCGCUUUACCAACAGUGGAGCACUUUGUCGGCAGGCGCCAAAAGUCAGCAGCCGGUCGCUGGUGUGAGCGUCGCGAUGUAUCGACCCGAGUGGAGUGAUAGUAUGGCCAAGGCUGACGUCUCGGCCGGACCACGGCCCUGGGAGACGUUUCCCAAGCAGUUUUUCGAUUCUUCAAGGUCGUCCACUGAUCCCACUACAGGUCUUGACCCGGUUGCUGCCUUGUUGCACUGGGUUGGGAAGGUUCAGACGUUGUUGGAUACGAUUGUGUAG